CAGGGUAUUAUACAUAGGUAUCGCCGUUUCCUGCGAAAACAAAACCUUCUACUGGAAGAAAGAAAAACGCCUGAACAAACCAUCGUCAGCAUCUCACUGAGAAUCAGUCACCGCCAUGCAUCUCCCGUCCUCGAUUGCCGCUCUCGCCGCAGCAUCACUCCCCCUUGCUUUCCCGUCUACCGUUGCUGGAUGGACAUCCGGACACGUGUACGGCUUCUGGACGCUGCGUCUAUACGAGACUAGCUCCCCUAGCGGCUACACCAAAUCCAGCAUCACGGCCGAGUACUGGGCGCCGUCGGGCGUGUCUGGCGGUAUCGUGUACUGCGCCGACGUGCACAUCCCCGCUUACGGCGACAACCCGGGAGACCACCACACGCCAUGCAACGAUACAACGUUCUCGUGUCGCUCGCUCCGACGCGACCUCUGGACGGACACUUACCUCUACGAGAUCCGCCAGACGUUCGACCUCGACGGAAAGCGCGCUCCCCUCGUUGGGUCCAAGAACCUGACUAUGCAGAGGGACAAGGUGACGGGUUGGACGUUCCAGGCCGAUGUGACUGUGGACGCCGAACUGGCAGACGAGGAGGCUAGCACUGUGUAUUAGCUUUUCCCCCAAGACCGAAUCGAGGGAAUCACAUCAUGAACUCAC